GUAAUAAGAGUAGGACGCGCAUUUCUUUCACAGUACUAUCAAUACCCAAUUUCAAAAAAGAAAACAAAGCUCUAGGGCAACGCUGAAAAUGGAGGUUGGCUCCAUUACCUCGGAUUCUGUAAUCGAAACCCUAAAAAAUAGAGGAUGGUGUUUGAGGGACUUGGAGCAGCUGGACGCGGUGAUCAUGAUUCAGUCUGCUUUGGCUGAUGACUCCAGUUCGGUGAUUGAUUCGGUGGAGUCGGAGCUAGCCAACAUGGACCUCAAGUCAAUUGGGGGCAAGUCUUUGCCCGACCCUUCAGUUCUUCGGAAGUCUUCUCAUAUUGUUGGCCACAAAGUUCUUCAGAUAUCUUCUGUGAGAGACAUAUCUAGAAGCAGUUUAGAUGAUUUGACGAGAAAUUCAGGCGGUCGACGUCUUUUGAGACUUAAUCUCACUGAUGGGAUUACGGAGAUUACAGCUAUUGAGUACUCACAUGUCCCAUCGAUUCCUGAUGAUGUUGUUCCUGGUACUAAGGUCUGUUUGAGAAAUAAAGCUGCCAUACAUUGCGGCAUAGUUUGUUUGAAUCCUAAAGUGAUAAGUGUGAUUGGAGGGGUUGUUCCAUCACUUUAUGAGGAGUGGCAGAUGAAUAAAAAGUACUCAGGUUUCUCGCGUUCUUCUUUAAGGCUAUCCAAAGACAGUGAUGGUGCCGGUCCUCCUCCAUUUGAGAAGUUGCAAAUUGGGGCAUCACGACAUCCAGUGGUGCGGAAAGAUUAUUCCACUUUGAACUCCAAGAAUGGUGGGCCUUCUGCAGUUAAAAGAGAACCUGGGAUUAGGCCAACUGGAGGUAAUAAUGAUCUUCACUUGAAAGCAAAUGACACAGCUUCUCAUACUGAAAGAACUGAAGAAAAACCAAGUAGCUCAGAAACAAGGCCAAAAGAAGCGGUUGAAUAUGUGCCGGUCCAAAAUCAAGCAGCUUCACAAAAACUCCUCCAGAAAUUGAAUAACCAAAACCAUAAUGAUCAGCAUUAUAAAGGUAGAAGAUUUAAGGGGAAGGAGAGACAAGAAGAGGAUUCAACAUCGACCCUUGAUGAAUGGGAAAAGAGAGAAGCUGGGGCAAACACAAAACCUCAAAUAGGACUUGGGCAUCAGCAUAUGAGUCACGAUGAGGAACUCGCAUGGAAGCUUCAGCACCAAUUUGAUUUGGAAGACUCUAAUGUAGGAAGCGGUUUUCAAAACACCAAGGCUGAAGAUAUAAAAAUGAGCCUGUUCAGUUACAGAAAAGAAGACAACUGGGGUGGUGGGAUGGAGCAUGGAGGCAGUAGAAGGGGUAGGGGAAGAGGAAGAGGAAGAGGAAGAGGGAGAGGGAGGGGGAGGGGGAGGGGGAGAUGAAGAUUUUGUUGACUUUCCGCCUCUCCUUCCUAAAAUUUUCAUUUCUUUUAUUUUCUGAGGUAACUUUGUGUUCCGCAUGUGUAAAUUGUUGCAGCAAAGCCUUCAAAUUUUGUAUCUAUAAAAUUUGGCUCACCCUGUUGCAUUUCGCCCCCUAAUUUCCGGAGGAAUGUGCCUGUUGUUUUCUGAGGAAAGGACGAGUUUUAGAGUCUAUAGGCUUUUGAUCUGCUAGUGUCAUUUUUUACAUUUGACCUAAUCUCCUAGUCUUAUCUUCUGAUAUAUCAUUUGUAACCAAGUAACUUCAUUCAAUGUCUUUUUGGUGCACUUA